AUGACGGAGUACGAUGAUCACCGCAGCGCGUCAAGCAUGUAUCUACCGAGCUGCACCUACUACGUCCCCGCGCCCGACUUCACCUCCUCAUUCCUGCCGCAAACCACUUCGUGCCAGGUUAAUUUCCCUUAUUCUGCCAGCCAGCCUGUGCGGGAAGUGGCUUUCAGGGACUAUGGGCUGGAUCACCCCAGCAAAUGGCACUACAGGGGCAAUUACGCGACCUACUACUCUGCGGAGGAGCGGAUGCACCGGGACCUGAUCCAGUCCGGCAGCACCAGCGGCACCAGGGCAGAUGUGCGGCUCAAAAGCGACCCCUUAUACGGACCCCACGCAGGGGCGAGCUUCGGCGGCGUCGGUCGGAACGGGGUUCUUCCGCAGGCUUUCGACCAGUUCCUGGACACCCCCCCGAACGCGGAGAAGGCGGUGGAACCACCCAGAGAGAAGCAGGACCCGGGCGUCGGUGGCCCCAGUGUGACUUUGACCACCAAGCUGGAGGAGAAAGAAGCCGAGGAAGACUCGUCCUCCAACUGCGGCGACAAAAACACGACUCCGUCCACCAAGUCCAGGAAGAAGAGGUGUCCGUACUCCAAAUAUCAGAUCCGAGAACUUGAACGCGAGUUUUUCUUCAACGUCUACAUCAACAAGGAGAAGCGUCUGCAGCUCUCCAGGAUGCUGAACCUGACGGACCGACAGGUGAAGAUCUGGUUCCAGAACCGCAGGAUGAAAGAGAAGAAGCUCAACCGAGACCGCCUACAGUACUUCACUGGGAACCCAUUGUUCUGA